GAUAAACCCUGUAUUUUUUUUUCUAAAAUGACAGAAACCAAUUCUGUGAAGUUUUUCUUCAUCCAAUUCAAGCCAUUUUCUCCGAUCCGAUUUUGGAGGCUCAUUGCCCUCUGGGACUUCGAUGCGGGUUUUAGGCACCUUGGCUGGCUUUUCGAAAUUGCUUGGAUCUCCUCCUCGGGCGCCUUGAAAACCGCCUUCGACCUUGUACCGUUAGUGUAACAUCACACACGUCGUAUCAUUACGGAUUGUUGCUUGUUUCUCGAGGCGCAGCAUGUCCGAAGAACCGUCCGAAUUGUGGUCUCCAUCUGCACUUUCUCAAAAGUACAACAAAAUGGGCACCGCAUUUCGCAAAAACCACCAGCUAGAGGAGGCCCUCAACUACUACAACGAGGCCAUCAACGUUGAUCCUAGCAACUGCCUAGCUUGGAGUAACAAGGCCAAGGUUUUGGAAGACAUGGAUCAGCUGUCUGACGCCAUCAAAUGUUACAAAAAGGCGAUUGAGCUCAACCCCAAUAAUGCUUCUUCGUGGAACAACCUGGGAUACGUUUUGAGAAAGCAGCAAAAAUACACCUAUGCCAUGCAGUGCUACAAAGAGGCCAUUCGGCUUCAGAACAACAACCACAAUGCGUGGUAUAACAUGGGCUACAUAUUGGACAAACAGGGUAAGUAUGAGGAGGCGUACGCGUGCUUCGUGAAUGCAGUGCGGAUUCAGCCAGACAACGAAAAAUACAUCGCUAGCAAAAACGCGACCAAAGUUUCUUGGAACGAGUUUCAGAAGCUGUUUGCUAGUUUGCCUGAGGACGAGACGAAGCAAGAAACGGGGCCCCCUAAGCACCCGUCCACGGCGCCUGUCAUGGAGUUGAUAGGCGCUAAAGAGCCGUCUCCACUGAGCGAUGCUCAAACGCUUCUAGCCGCGGACAGAGCGAGUCGCGACGCCCUGGGUUCGAGCGGUCAUGGCACGAAUAAUUCGGAGAACAACGAAGAAUUUCUCACUGCCUCCAUAUCGUCCAAGUUGUCUUUGCAGACGCCCCUGUUCAAGUCGGCGGCUUCAAACGACAGCGAUGGUUCGGAUUGGGACUUUUUCAAGCAGAACCGCUCGGCCAAUCAAUUCGGAGCACUGCACGAAGUCGAGCCCCUCGAUGUGGAGAGAGGACGAAUAUCUCACGCAAAUCAUUCACAAAAGACAAGAUCUCAUUCACCUUCUAAAAAUAGCACUUCGCUCGUCCAAAACAGCAACUCUACUCUGAGUGUGGUCACAAACUCGACGGCUUGUUCGCAUCCUAUGGAAAACGAGCCGAACGUUCUUCCCAGUCUGGACCCAUGCAAAAACCUGCAAAAAAACGCGUCGCUUGCUUCUCUGAGCGAGUCAGAAGUAACGAGCUACUCUAUCUCCCCGGCGGUCAACCUCAAAAGCGCUGACUCGAAACUCAACUUCAAACACAAUCAAGAAUCGUUGGAAACUGACGCAGACAAACUAGCCGGAAGGUGCUCGAGGAGCUGCAGCGUGAGCUCCGGAAACACCGCCAACAACAGGCUCCACGGAGACGGCAGCAUCCAUAACGUCAGCGUCAAUUCCAACGAAAAGGAAAACGACGAACUGGCGAUCAUCGGGGCUCUCCGACUGCACCUCGCAACCCUAGAUACCGUACAAGAUUUGCAGAGACUGGAAUCUAGAAUCGAGGAAUACCUCAACGAGGUCGCUCAGAAAAAAGCAAGUCUGAGGCUCGAACAGAAGGGGUACAGCGAAAAAAAAUGCGCCGUCUGCUGGGAACACAUCGCGGAAAUGAUCUGUAUCCCUUGCGGACAUCUGUGCCUGUGCCAGGGGUGCAAAUCGAAGCUACGGCAAAAACGCUGUCCCAUCUGCACCCAACCAGUGAAGAACAUAUACAAAGUCUGGAAGUAACGCAUUCUUCUGUCGUCCGCGCAUCCAUGGUUUUCUACGGCGCGGGCUCAAAAAAAUUUUUUUUUCCGACUUCUGAAAUUAAUCAAAAUUCUCUCUCCGCAUUUUAACGAAUUUGCCAUCAAAAAAAAAAAUUUUGGCAAGAGAGAUACGAGCGCAACGGAACUCGUCGGCCACGGCGCGCUCUGCCUCACUCGAUCGUCACCUUCCGCAAGGCCCGUGGACUCCCAGCAAGAGCCCAAUCGCACUGACCCUCCCCUCGUCCUGGCGAAAAAACGUUAGAUCGCAAAUAAAGCGAAAAUGCCUCUGCUCCGAAGAAGCCACCGACAUAAAUUCUCGAUGUCGGGACGGGACCUUUUUUUAUGCGCAGAGAGAGAGCCGGCUGAGACUGCGCCGCGCGCGCAUGGAGAGGACAGGCCAGCAACCCCACAAUUCUAACAAUCAACUUCGCAAAAACGCGACAAAGCACGCAGCCGCCUCGUACAAAGAAAGAAGAUCUAGCCGGAAAGCUCUAACUCAACGUCUAGCUCUGAAUCAACGGAACCUAACCUGAAUCUCUCACUCCAUGAAGGCGGGGCUGUCUCGUCCGUGACAUCCGACAAUGCGGGCUGCGAGCUAGGACUAUCACCUUCGCCAGGCGUGCAAAGAAAGCUAGAAUUUGGAUGUAAGGUUGGCCUCUUGCUCGCAGGGACGCUCCGACUGAUCUUCUUUUUCUUGAGCUGGUCUUCCACAAAUGCUUUAUGGGAAUUUUGGAUAAGUCCACGCAGACAAAACAGGUAAGAAAAAAAAAAAAACAACGAACCACCAACUGCGCCAGGUGCUGUAAACUUGAAAUUCCGAACACCAAUACUCGGCCUUUUAGAUAGUUUUUCUCUAAAUAUGCAGACAAGUGUGAGCACAUCCUCUACGCUAUACACACAAGAAU